AUGGCCGAUUUCGCUGGUACCAUCUUCCUCUUCUUCGUCCAGGUCCUCCCCGGGCUGCUCUACUCGGUCAUUACCUUUACCACCAUUACCGUCCCAACAGCCCUGUUCACCCUCUUCUCGAUGAGUUUAACCUUCACAAUGAAUUUCACGACUUUACUAUUAAUAACCCUCUUCCUCGUCUCAACAAUCAGCUGGUUCGUCCGCUAUCGGUUCUUGAAUAUGUACGCUCACCUCCCCCCAGAACCGCAGCGGCAGGAACCACAAAUAGACCUUUUCCCAGACACCCAGGAGGGAGACUCAAAGCCGGGACUCGCAAACUAUCUAGAUGAAUUUUUGAGUGCUAUAAAGGUCUUCGGCUACUUGGAACGGCCGGUCUUUCACGAAUUAACCCGGACGAUGCAGACUCGAAAACUUAUUGCGGGCGAGACACUUUUGUUAGAGGAAGAGAAAGGGUUCUGUCUUGUGGUUGAUGGCCUUGUACAGAUAUUUGUCAAGUCGGCGAGGGAGCGUGGUAAGGAUGGAGAAAGUUCUGUGGAAGACUCAAUGGAAGAGGAAGAAGAACAGCAUCACCGUCAUCACCAGGGGUACCAGUUACUCACAGAAGUGAAGAACGGCGCAUCCAUGUCCUCUCUCUUCUCCAUACUAUCUCUUUUCAGUGAAGAUGUGAAGCUCCGCUAUCAGGAAGGGGAAGAGCCUGCUUCACCCAGCCCUGUAAGCCCUUCACCGUUCGCCAGCAGCCCGCGGUCUUCCUUCCAAGACCGCCACCAUCAUCACCGCGACAUAUCCCUCCCAUCCAACGGCGGACGCCUUCCUACAGUCCCGCCCAUGACAUUAGACGAUACCAACUCCGCCGCUCAUUUCUCUACAGCUCACACCCCGCCAACUUCUUCCGCUCAGAAUCGACGUACUCCAAAGCGUCCGAGAACAAAUUCCGUUCAUCCAGAUAUAGUUGCUCGCGCUGUGGUGGAUACGACCAUUGCCAUAAUUCCUGCCAGUGCAUUUCGUCGUCUUACUCGACUAUACCCCCGUGCGACAGCCCAUAUUAUACAAGUCAUUUUGACUAGGCUGCAACGUGUGACUUUUGCCACAGCCCAUUCAUAUCUUGGCCUCACUACAGAUGUCUUGAGUAUAGAAAAGAAGAUGAACAAGUUUACUUCCUUUGAUUUACCCAAUGAUCUCCGCGGGGCGCCACUGGAUAGACUCAAACAGAAGUUUCAGAGAGCCGUACAACGUCUUGGGCCGGAAGAAGGCUCAAAGGGGAUUGCUCUACACAACCCUGGUGUCAGUAAUAGGCGGAGAUCGAGCAGUUCUCUGCGGAAAGAUGCUUCAUUAAGGGCCAAGGCGUCUGCCGCAAACGGGCAGGCUACAUCACCACCCACCCCGCCUAUCACUGAUAAAGAGGCAGCAGGUGUAAGCCCCGGAGAUUUGCUUUCCACCAUUCAGCUAUCUAGAUUUGGCCCACGGCAUGGUAUCGAUCGACGACUCGCUUCACGGAGUAUUCUCCUCGACUCGACUUCAACUUCUGGAAUUAAAACUCCGAUGCAUACUUCCCCCGAUGCCAGUUCACCUGCAAAUUCCAUUUUUAAUUCACCCUCUACUGUCCAUGUAAACGAAGAUAGCCUCUUCCGUGAAUCAAUACUCGAUUGUAUGGUGAAAGCAUUGGGACUAACAGCAACUACGCGGGAAGCUCUCCCACUUCCCAAAGGUUUUGGGUCCGCCGAUGGCUCUCCACAUUUGGUCUCCUACGAUUCGCGGAAACAAAAAGCGGUGUUUAACAACGCGUUUGGCUACAUAGAUCCAUAUGAGGCGUUUGGGGAUGGUGACUCCGAAUCUCAGAUGAGCAUUUCUGUUACAAGCGCAGGCGGUACGCCGCCAGUAGCCAAUCUGAAAGCCGAGUUGAGCAAUGAGAUCGAAAUUGUCUACUUUCCCAAAGGUUCAGUUUUGGUGGAACAGGGAGAGCGUAAUCCGGGAUUAUACUACGUUAUCGACGGCUUUUUAGAUGUCGGUAUCCCGGUGAAUGACAAAGGAGAAGACCUGAUCGGUCCAUCGAAGAGUAACAUUCACUCCGAACCGCUGCUUCCCCUUAGAAGACCAUCAAACGUCAAUGCACAAAAUCAGCGGAAGAAGACCUCCCGUCGAUCCCUAUAUAUGGUCAAGCCUGGGGAUUUAGAGGGUUACAUUGGUUCCAUAACUUCAUAUCGAUCUUUCACGGACGUCACGGCGAAGACGGACGUGUAUGUCGGUUUCUUACCGCGAAUAUGCCUUGAAAGGAUUGCCGAUCGGUACCCGCUUGUACUUCUCUCUAUGGCGAAACGAUUAACCAAUGUCCUUCCUCGUCUCCUGCUACAUAUCGAUUUCGCCCUGGAAUGGGUACAGGUCAAUGCCGGCCAAGUCAUCUAUCACCAAGGAGACGAGAGUGACUCUAUCUACAUAGUGCUAAAUGGACGUCUACGAUCAGUUCUUGAAUCUGGUGAUAACAAAGUAAGCGUGGUUGGUGAGCAUGGACAAGGCGAAAGUGUGGGUGAGCUUGAAGUCAUGACCGAAACAACUCGUCCUGCCACUUUACAUGCAAUACGAGAUACAGAACUAGCCAAAUUUCCCCGUUCGCUAUUCAACAGCCUUGCACAGGAACAUCCUGGAAUAACAAUACAGGUGUCUAAACUGGUUGCUCAGCGCAUGAAACAUCUGAUCAACACCAAACUACUUGAAGCCGGUGGUGAAAAGGCUCAUGAUGAAGCAAGCAGCCUUACUUCAACGCUGAAUCUACGGACAGUCGCAAUCCUUCCUGUGACAUCCGGGAUACCAGUUGUAGAGUUCGCAAGUCGUCUCCUCAGCGCAUUCAACCAGAUAGGAGUUCCAGAUGGGGUUGCCUCGUUACACCAGGCGGAUAUCUUUAAUCAUCUGGGGCGCCACGCCUUCAACCGUAUGGGAAAGCUAAAACUUUCACAAUAUCUUGCUGACCUUGAAGAACGGUAUGGGAUGCUUAUAUAUGUCGCUGAUACUAGUGUCAAUGCCCCUUGGACGCAAACCUGUAUCAGCCAGGCCGACUGCAUUCUUCUAGUCGGUGUUGCUGGAGCCUCACCUAGUAUUGGUGAAUAUGAGCGUUUCCUCUUAGGAAUGAAGACAACAGCUAGAAAAGAACUAGUUCUGUUGCACGCAGAACGAUACUCUCCACCUGGUCUUACAAGGCAGUGGCUUAAAAACCGCAUGUGGAUUAACGGUGGGCAUCAUCACAUUCAAAUGACAUACCGUGCUACCCCUGAACCUGCACUGCCACAGAUCAAAAAAUUCGGUACUGUCCUCAAGCAACGCGUGCAAGUUAUUCAGGCUGAAAUACAAAAGUAUACCUCACGACGGAUCCGCCAGGAGCCUCUAUAUUCUGCAACAACUCCGUUCAAGGGGGAUUUUCACCGACUAGCACGUAGAUUGUGCGGCAAGUCCGUUGGUUUAGUGCUUGGAGGAGGUGGAGCUCGAGGUAUUGCUCACAUAGGAGUUAUCACAGCACUGGAGGAAGCCGGUAUUCCAAUUGAUAUUGUAGGCGGCACAUCUAUCGGUGCAUUCAUCGGUGCACUCUACGCUCGUGAUGCGGAUGUGGUGCCUAUGUAUGGUCGAGCAAAGAAAUUCGCAGCCAAGAUGGGCAGUAUCUGGCGAUUUGCAUUAGAUCUCACAUACCCUUCUGUCUCCUACACAACGGGCCACGAGUUCAACCGCGGGCUUUUCAAAGCGUUCACCGACAGCCAGAUCGAAGAUUCCUGGCUUGAGUUCUAUUGCAACACCACGAAUAUCAGUCAGUCUAGAUCGGACUACCAUUCUUCAGGCUACGUAUGGCGCUACGUACGUGCAUCAAUGUCACUAGCAGGUCUCCUUCCGCCGCUCUGUGACGAAGGUAGCUUGCUUCUGGAUGGCGGAUACGUGGAUAAUUUGACUGUUUCACGCAUGAAAUCCCUCGGUGCAGACGUCAUAUUCGCCGUGGACGUGGGUGCCAUCGACGACAACACUCCACAGGUAUAUGGUGACUCACUAUCUGGAUUCUGGACAGUUCUCAAUAGAUGGAAUCCAUUUACUAGUGUCCCUAAUCCACCCACUCUCUCCGAGAUCCAAGCCCGUCUUGCCUAUGUCUCCUCCGUGGGCGCACUUGAGCGGGCAAAAAACACCCCAGGAUGUCUUUAUAUGCGCCCACCAAUUGACUGCUACGGGACUCUGGAAUUUGGCAAGUUUGAUGAAAUAUACCAAGUAGGCUAUCAGUAUGGAAAGGGAUUCCUAGAGAAGCUCAGGAAGGAAGGCUCUCUGCCAAUGCCAGAAGAGACCGAAGAGAAGAAGAACAUGCGGAGGACUAUGGCACCAAGACGAGCGAGUAUUUAA